AGAGUGGGACAGUCUUGAAGCUUACCUGAUCAACUUUAUCCCCAUCUCACAUCCUCUGGAAUCACACCCAAUGUUGUUCUUGCGUAUUCGGAUGUCUCAUGCAAUAGAUCUAAUCAACCAGAAGUGUUUCCCUGCUGCCUAUCAGUACUUUGAAGAACAUAUCCAUAGCCUGUUCCAAAAAGUUAUUGAGGAAGGAGGAAAAGGUCACAAAAAUGCUAGCAUAGCUGACUUAAAAGAAGGUCUAGCCCAGAUUGCUGAUUCCCUUGCUGAUAAGAGCACUCCUCAUCUGUACACUGGUUCUCUGAUUAAGCUUAUGGUGAAUGAUUACAUGAGGUUGUACUUGCCAAAUAACAUUGGGUACAAGGUUCGUGGAAAAAAGGAUCCUUUCUGGGUUUUUGCUUUUCCCCUUGAUUAUGGUCUUACUCGGCCUUCGUACCCAUGCUUAGCUUGUAGUCAAAAAGUCUUCCAUACAGCAAGCAUCAGAGACUUACCUCUGCACCUUGAAUCGUGUCCUAGCAUGAACACCCCAUAUGUGGAAGACUUGUUCGCACACUGCAGAAUUUUGAAGGAAGCAAUUGCAGCCCAACCAGACCAGAAGCUUGCAGGAGUAGAAAAGGCUGGCAGGAAGAGGGGCCGAAACGAUUUGACCACACAGGCAGGCACUUCAACCGUUGUUGACGAGAAGGAUAUCCUCGCAGAGAUAUCAAGAGAGAUUGAAGGUGCUGAGGAUCUGCACGCAAGAAUGGGAGGAGAGGUGCAAAAGGUAAUUAAAAUGCACAAAAGCAUGGGAGAAGCCGUGGAUAACAUUGUCGGAAUGCACACUGGGAUGGGACAAAUUGUCAACAAAGUGAAAUGUCUCGCAUGUUCUGGACUUUGUCCUGUAGCAGCCACAGAUCUUUCUGGUACAGACCUUGGUGCUACAAAUGUUGUGAAAGCUGACGAUACCACCAUUAUGUCUGCUAAUUUGGUCACUGCUAACAAAGACGAGGUUGAGGAAGCCGAACUGCACUCUGCGGUUCUGCUCUUUCUUAUCAGAAUGGACUUAUGGUGGUUGAUCAUUAUUCGGCUGGGAGUGCCGUUCAUCCGUAUCGUUAUACCAGCAAUCCCACGGAUGGACUGAUGAGCUGCGAAGAAAUGGUUGAAGCCUUUGGUAUGGAAUAAUACCUUUAUGCAUAUGUUUCAUAAACUCAAAAUUUUGGAGCAGAAUCUCGUCUAGUUUGUACUUCACACCUGGUUAAAAUUUCCUUGCGUUUCACACCAAACUUCCAUAGAUCAGCACAUAAUUUCCUUUGUAAUACUGCCUUCAUUGUCAGCCUCAACUUUUGAGUUGAAGAAAAGGACAUCACAACUUAGAAGUUGGAACUUUCUAGGUUUUAUUCGAUAAAGUGCCACUACCAGUUUC